AUGUUUGACUACAAGUCGGCCAUGUCAGCGCUGAAUGCAGCAAAAGUGAGAGCAGACGAUCCUCUACUCGUCGAACUUAUCAGAAGAUACUACAUUGAAAAGCCGUCAGAUCUCAGAUAUAAUUUGAAUAACCCAGAAAUUAGAGACACCUCAGAGGGCCAAUCUGCUUUUGUGGACGAAACAAUGAACCAUGCGAUUUGUAUUGAUAUCCUCACAUUCAGUCUCAAGUACUAUAAACAACUGCCUAAAUUUUAUGAGAACGGGUUUUACAUAGAAUGUGGUGCUCAGAAUGGAGAAUAUCUUUCGAAUUCCUUGUUUUUCGAAAGAUUUCGGAAUUGGAGUGGCGUUUUGAUAGAAGCUAACCCAAAGUCGUACAGGCAGCUAAAGACCAGACACAGAAAAGCAUUUACCAUAAAUGCUUGUCUCAGCACCAAACCAAAUGCAUCAUUGGUUAGGUUUGGAACAGAGAGGAUUAUUGGCGAUGAUGCAAUCAAGCCUAAUUUGCUUGGAUAUGACCCAGGUCCAUACAUAAAUGUCCAGUGUUUUCCUCUCUAUUCAAUCCUGCUUGCUUUAAAUCAGCUUAAAGUGGAUUACUUUAGCUUGGAUGUAGAAGGCGCUGAGGAACCGGUUCUGGAUACAAUUCCAUGGGAUAAAGUUGAAUUUGACCAUGAGCUUGUUGUCACGGAGGCCCCCAAUGAGCUUGUAUCCAAUUGA